ACAAGAUGUGCUACGCUUCUGUCAGGAAGCUGUUUAAGCUGACGGCAUUGGAGGAUCGUGCGCGGGCUGCUGGCUGGUUAGCUAGCUGGCUAGCUAGCUUACCUGCUCGAGAAGGCACAAGUGGCUUACUAAUGUUUGGGGACUUGUAAUUAAUGCCCCGCGCUUUGCGAAGCAUUUGCGGGAGGUUACAACGUGGAAUUAUAACUCGCUUUCUAGAACUACACAGGCAUGGCGGCACCCCGACCCAUAAAAGGAAUUCUGAAACACAAGAGUGAGCGGAGCUGUGCCAAGACGCGACCCGAGGAGCAGCCGAUUGAAAGUUUGGAACGAGAAGAUGACGAUCAACAAAAGAAGUCACAAAAGUGGGAUGAAAUGAAUAUCUUGGCCACGUACCACCCUGCCGGUAAGGACUACGGUUUAAUGAAAAUUGAAGAGCCGAGCACACCUUAUCAUAGAUUGGCAGGAGAUGAGGAAGAAGGGUCUGUCAGUGAUUCUGAAUCGUACGAACCCCUCACUGCUGAUGACCUUGUCAAAAAGCUGGCAGCAGCUGAAGGGUCACAACCGAAGAUUUUUAUGAAGGAAGAUGAUGAAGAUAGUGAGGAAGACGACGACGACGAAGAAGAGGAAGAGCUAUCACCAGAGGAGCAGGCAAAAAAGAAACAAUUUGAAAUGAAAAGAAAAAUGCAUUAUAAUGAAGGCUUGAACAUUAAACUAGCCAAACAGCUUAUUGCCAGAGAGCUUGAAGAAGAUGAUGAGGAUGAGGAUCAAGAUGAGGAAAUGAAGGAUGAAACCGAAGUAGAUAAUGCACACAUGGACCUUCCUCAAGAUGAAAACGGUGAAUAGCUUGAAUCACAUGAUUCCUAGAAGAUGACUGCAUCCCUGCCCUGCUUGACUGGCACAGUGCUGAAGUGAGGACACACUGCUUCACAGUGUUGCCUUCCAUGUCUCUGUAUAAUGGAUACUGAUGAUGCAUAUCAAUCGGUUACUUGUUCUGUUGCCAAAAUUAUAAUGGCUAUCUUAAUUGUACAGCAAAGCAAGGGAAGUGACUAUUUUAGCACCUCUGAUUGUGCGCAAGUCCAUCUUAUUCAUUUGAAUGUCAGUGCUGUUUCUAGCCUAGGAGCAGAAGCCUUGUGCUUAUUUUUUUUUUUGGUAUGGAUGCUCUGAUUUGUUUGGGACACUCUCUAUAUGAGAUUUUCAAGGGAUUGGGGUUGGGUGAAAUAUGGGGAACAGAUGACAUUUUAGUAAUUUUCAGAUAACCUGAAUGGAAUGAAUAAAAGCACAGUUGUCCCAAUCUAUUUUAUGAUUUUAUUGUUUUGAAAGUAUUUUUCAUUAUUCUGUCUAAAUGUAAAAGAUUUUAUGCAUUAGGCAUUGAAAGUGCGGUUACACCUUACAUAUUCUGUAGAUACGGCACUGAGAUGUAUUUCUGACUCAGUAUUAGAUUAAUACUGCUAAAAGGGUGACUUGUAUUGAACCUGCUGUAAACUCCUGGUAAGUGUCAGCACACCACAUUAUGCAGCACUCAUGUAUUCUCCUCCUCAAAGACUCAACUAGACUCCCAUCCUUCAGACUGUUAAUAAAGGUGUUGCACUUGAGUUGGAAUCAGUUUAUUAUUAAUUGUCGUUUGAGAAAUCUCGGUUUAAUUCCAGUUUUCUUUUCUGCUUGACUUCAUUCAUGUUUCUUUUAAGGGAACCUGAAGGUAUUCACAACCCAAACACAAUGAACUAAUGUAUUAAUUAUGACUUAAGUCUGACUGUGUAAAGUGGUGUGAAGUUUCCACUGACCCUAAUAAAAAAAAAAAAUACUUAAGGGAUUCAAGUGAGGUCAUUUUUGACUGCAUUUCUGGUUCCUUGUGUGCUUAUUGGGCAUGUGCCUAUCGAACUGAAAUUCACAUUUAGCUUUUAAUGUUUGGAUGAUCAAUGCUUAAUGUGGUCUACUAUAUAAUUAUAUAAUUAUUAUUAAUAUAUAAUUUAAUAACUUUACCACUAUUGUGUAUGUGUGUGUUUUACUAAGGUAUUAAAAAGUGAGCUACCCUU